UAAAAUGUGAUGUAACACCUUACCCUAACAGCACUGAUAAACGUAUGCCUAACGGAGUCUUAAAUGAAGACCAAACUGCAUUUUUUUGGGGCCAAUUUUAUGGCUGUGGAAUCUGACUUUGUGGUUAUAGAAGUAUAAACCCAAAGUCACAUGUUGAGUGACGAAGAGCAUCAACCUACAUCACAACUUCCUUGUUAUUGUCGAAACGCCCAGCUAGUGGAAUUCAGGAAUGCAUCUCUACAGACUUGUGAUUUACACCAAGGGGAGAAGGCAGGGCCGCCUUCUAGCCUGAAGCUCUCCUCCUUCUUCCCCUCCUGUCUUUCACUCUCUCCUUCCCUCCUUCCCACUCUAAGCCAUGAUGCUGUGUUGGGGCAGUACUGUGGAGGGCCAGCUGGGUCUCGGCGGAGCGGGGGACCCAGUGUACGAACCCCGGAGCUGCCAGGCGUUCAAUGGGCGUGGCCUGAAGGAGGUGGCGUGUGGUGGGCGCCAUUCGCUAUUCCUGUUGCGUGAUGGGAGAGUGUACACGUGCGGCUCUAACCGCUGUGGGCAGCUGGGCCACGACAAGCCGGGGGACUCGCCAGAACUGGUGGUGGCCCUGGACACCCAGAAGAUAGGGGUGGUAUCGUGCGGCCAGGCCCACUCCAUGGCGCUGAAUGAGCAGGGCCAGGUGUUUGCCUGGGGGGCUGGUGGAGGGGGCCAGCUGGGACUGGGGACCGCUGAGGAGACCGUCCCAAUCCCGAGGCUGAUCAAGAAGCUGUGCGAGCAUCGCAUCUCUCAAAUAAUGUGUGGCAACAAGCACUGCAUCGCACUCUCUAAAGACGGUCAGCUGUUCACGUGGGGCCAGAACUCGAGUGGUCAGCUGGGUUUGGGGAAGGGAGAGCCCAGCACCUUGUCUCCCCAGCCCCUCAAGUCUCUGUCAGGGAUCCCCCUGGCUCAGAUCACCGCUGGGGGAGACCACAGCUUCGCCCUGUCCCUCUCUGGAGCCGUGUUCGGCUGGGGCAAGAACGGCGCCGGACAGCUGGGGUUAAAUGACAAACAGGACCGGUCUGUCCCUUGCCACAUCAAGUUCCUCAGAUCCCAAAAAGUGGUUUAUAUCAGCUGUGGAGACGAGCAUACAGCUGCCCUCACCAAGGAUGGGGGUUUGUUUACGUUUGGGGACGGCUCUCGUGGUCAACUGGGUCAUGACUCCACCAACAACGAGCCUCUACCCAGACAGGUGCAGGAGCUGAUGGGCAGCGAGGUUUCCCAGAUUGCCUGUGGCAGACACCACACCCUGGCGUUUGUGCCUUCCUCCGGUCUGGUGUAUGCUUUCGGUUGUAACACCAAUGGUCAGCUGGGCACCGGGACACGAGGUGACAUCAAAAGCCCACUUCCUGUCAAAAGCAGCCUCACAGGAAGGCUCACAGGAAGUCCUCGUCAUAUGUCAGGGCCUGAUCAUUAUGCCAUUACAAAAAUCAACUGUGGAGGGGACCAUAACUUCCUAUUGUACUCAGACGAAAAGAGUUCCACCCCUCCUGAAGACUUCCGCGUCACUAACAUCAGUAGAAGCAUCUCUUUGAUAAAUGAUGCCAGUUUGAAUACGUGGAGGAUGAAACUCCUAGACAACACAGAUUCCACUAUCACCAAUGACGUCAUUCUCCUGCUGUCUUCCACCGCCUGUUGGAACGCCAGCUUCCUGGAUGAGAGUGAUGACAGCCAUUUUAAGACCAACCCUAAAGUCCCUGGCAUCGAUCUCAACUCAGUCCGCCUGCUGUUUGAGACACUCAGUAAACCGCCCUUCGCCAGACUAUUGGAGCAGGCCACUAAGAGUUUUGAGAGCCUGCUGAUCCCCCAGCUGCCCUGCUCUCCCCCUGACGUUGAGGCCAUGAGGAUCUACCUGAUCCUGUCGGAGUGUCCCGCCCUGCACGACUCCAAGAACUACAUUACCCUCACCAUCCCCCUAGCCAUGGCCAUACUCCGCCUGGAUGCCAACCCCAGCAAAGUGCUUGAUAACUGGUGGUGCCUGGUGGACGGCGGUGUGUUCUCCAGGCUGGUGGACAUGUAUAAGAGCAUUGUGGUGUUCCUGUUAACCGGAGGAAAGGCCCUGCUCGUCCCUGUCUUCCUAGAAAACUACACCAGUGCCACGCUAAAGCUUCUAGAGAAACUUCAUAAGGUUAACCUGAAGGCCGGGCAUGUGGAGUACAACCGCUUCUAUAUCCCUGACAUCACCACCCUGGUGGACAUCCAGGAAGACUACCUCAAGUGGUUUCUGAGUAAAGCAGAGAUUAAAAUGAGAACACCAGCAGUACAGAGCUCAGUGACUUUAUGUGCCUACCCGUUCAUACUGAACGCCCAAGCCAAGACCACCAUGCUGCAAACUGACGCUGAGCUACAGAUGCAGAUGGCGGUGAGCGGGGCCAACAUGCAUAACGUUUUCAUGCUGCUGACGCUGGAACCCCUCCUGGCACGGAACCCCUUCCUGGUGCUCCACGUACGCAGGGACCACUUAGUGAGCGACGCGCUGAGAGAGCUCACCAUCUACUCCGACGUCGACCUCAAGAAGCCCCUCAAGGUGAUCUUUGAUGGGGAGGAGGCGGUGGAUGCAGGGGGGGUAACCAAGGAGUUCUUCCUACUGCUGUUGAAGGAGCUGAUGGACCCUGUGUAUGGCAUGUUCACCCAGUACACCCAGUCCAACCUGCUCUGGUUCUCUGAUAAAUGUUUUGUGGAGUACAACUGGUUCAAUCUGAUAGGGAUCAUUUGUGGGCUGGCCAUCUAUAACAGCACCGUGGUGGACCUCCACUUCCCCCUGGUCCUUUACAAGAAGCUACUGGGCGUAGCACCCACUCUGGAGGACCUCAAGGAGCUGUCGCCCACAGAGGGCAGGAGUUUACAACAGCUCCUGGACCAUGAGGAAGAUGACAUUGAGGAGACAUUUUGUCUAAACUUUGCUAUCACCAGAGAGUACUAUGGUCUGACGGAGGUUAAGGAGCUUAUCCCUGGAGGAGACCGCAUCACUGUGGACAAGAACAACAGGGAGGAGUUUGUGGAGGCCUACCUGAAGUACAUGUUCAGGGACUCGGUGAGCGAGCUGUACCAGGCCUUCUCCUCUGGGUUCCUGAAGGUGUGUGGUGGGAAGAUCCUGUCGCUGUUCCAGCCCUCCGAGCUUAUGGCCAUGGUGGUGGGAAACAACAACUAUAACUGGGAGGAAAUGGAGAAGAAUGCGGUUUACAAAGGAGAGUAUUCAGCCACUCAUCCGACUGUGAGGAUGUUUUGGGAGGUAUUCCAUGAGUUCCCUCUGGAAAAGAAGAAGCGGUUCUUAUUAUUCCUGACGGGCAGCGACCGCAUCCCCAUCCAUGGCAUGGAGAGCCUCCGCAUCUCCAUCCAGUCCACGUCGGCCGAGGAGCACUAUCUGCCCGUGGCCCACACCUGCUACAACCUGCUGGACAUGCCCCGCUACCAGACCAAACAGACCCUACACCGCCGUCUCACCCAGGCCGUGGAGCAGUACGAGGGCUUCAGCCUGGUGUGAGACCCAGUGGCUGGGUCAUUGGCUCCCCCUAGAGGCCCAGGGGGAAUUAGCAUGGCUGCUAAUGCUAAUGUCCUUUAAUAACAACGCCCUGUGAAUGGGGGUGGCUGGAUGGAGGGAAGGGGGCUGCUUUUCCAUAGCACUUUCCCGUAAGAGAUGAUAUAUUUUGAGUUAUAAUUGUCUUCUAUGCAGAUUGAUGUACAUAACUUGAACAGUUUUAAUUAAACCAGCUUUUUUGUUGCUUUAAGAUAAUUUAUUGAAUUGAAUAGUUUUUUGGGAUUUGAAAAAUUAUACAUGUCAGAGGUGAACAUUGAAGCCCUUUACCUGGGAUCUGGUCUUUUACCGCUGUUCUUGGGUCAGUUUGAGGACAGAUGAUACCAGAUGAAUACAUGAGUGAACAGCAGGCAGACAGUUCCAUACUCAAGCCCAAUAAAUACAUGGCAUUCUAAUGCCAUACCCACAAUACCAGUCUAUUUCUACAUUAAAAAGACUAACUGAACGACUGGAGUUACUUACAUGUCCUCAAUCUUACAUUUAUCAAUAUUUCUUUGAUUGCGAUGCCGUUGGGAGUGAUUUUAUUACAGUAGUAUUGGUGAAGUGUCUUUUUUUUAAAUGAAUGUUAAAAUGUCUGUGUGCAUGUUGUCGAGAGGAAACGCUAAAAAGACUCAUUGUUACAUUAAACAAAAUACAGCUAAUCCACAUUUCUUUGAUCCCUGUAACCCCAGAUUAGGAAUAAAUCAUCUCAAUGUCAGAAUGAGUGCACAUUUGUGGCCUGGCGGAUAAUAGGUUGAUUUACAGAUUAUCUGUUCAUGGUUCCCACCGGUUCCUUCUGUGAUGACACAGCAUUCAGACCAAAGACAUUAGGAUUGGUUGAUUUGACCUGCAGAAUUAGUCUUGGGUCAUUGAUUAGGUUUAAAGAACAGAUUAUAUUGGGUCAUGUUAUUAGCAAUAACGAACAGCUCAGUAAUGUAAUGCCGUUUGUAUGAGGGUCAGGGGACGCUGCACAUCUCUGCAUCGUUUCCCGGCCGUUACUUCAAUGACUAUUCUCUCAAGUGUAUCUGGAUCGUGUGUUGAUAUGCAAGUGAUAAAAAUAACUUUGUCUGUGCAUUCUGCCUAUUCAGUCCUAUUACCGAACGUCUCAGCCAAUGGAGGUAUUGUAUUGUCUACCAUUUCUCUGAAGCCACGUCUUUCUCCACUGUAACUGAGGUUAAGACAAACGUCGUUAUCUAUAGGGACGGCUGGUCUCCUUGUUUGUCUUUUGUUUUAAUACAUAUAUAGCCACAUUUGCCCAAGGGGAAUCAUUACUAUUUUGAUUUAUAACUCGUCACCCUCAGUGUAGACAAUGACAUAAUAAACAAGUCAUAGUGACCUUUUGUUUAUUCAAAGCUGUGCUAGGGCAAUGCCUGAGGGAGGCUCAGUGUGUUCUAUUAUAGCCUGGUCCUUAAUCCAUUUGUGCUGUUGGCAAGACAACAAACCGAUCAGCAACCAGGCUAGGGGAAAAGCCUAUUCAUUCCUAUUAUUCUUAUUUCACCACGGUAAUGGCGACAAUUCCAAAUCAUGGGGUCAAUGUUUGCAAAUAAGGGCUUAUUAGUGGAUCUAUAACUGGAUUGUUAAGUUUAUCAUAUUUAAUUUUGUACCUUCUAAAUGGAUGACAUUUUUUCCCUGAACAAAUAAAACGUAAUUCCAGCUUG